AUCACAUUGUCAAUUCAACUUGUACGUUUAGUUGGUCUCUUUGCUUUAAAAGUUUGGCUAUAAAGUAUAAUAUUGUAUUAAUAUUAAUAAAGUAAUAUUUGUAAUUGUUAUUAUUUUACGGUGACUGCAUAGACUGAACAUUCGAGUUGUAACCUUACUAGAAAAUGGGUUCGCGAUUUCAAGUUGUUCAACAGGGGCCGCCGAUAGAAGUUUUCCAAUUAAAUAGACUUUUUACUGAAGAUUCACAUAAGAAUAAAGUGAAUUUUUCUGUUGGUGCUUAUAGAGAUGAGAAUGGAAAACCAUGGGUCCUUCCCGUUGUACGCAAAAUGGAGAAGCAGCUGGCGGCUGAUGACACUCUUUUGCAUGAGUAUUUGCCGGUUUUAGGACUGGAGCAGUUCACCAAUGCGUCGGUGGCAAUGCUGCUCGGCAAGGACAAUCCCGCGAUAGCAGCUGGACGCACAUUCGGAGUCCAAGUACUCUCCGGUACGGGCGGUCUGAGAGUCGGUGCUGAGCUCCUCAACAAACAUCUCAAGCACACCACAUUCUAUUAUUCCAGUCCGACGUGGGAGAAUCACCAUUUAGUAUUCAUCAACUCCGGCUUCACGACUCCUCGCACGUACCGCUACUGGAACGCGAAAACGCGUGCCAUCGACUUCGACGGCCUCAUUGAAGACCUGAGGAAUGCACCCGAGAACGCGGUCAUUUUACUCCACGCGUGUGCGCAUAACCCCACCGGCAUCGACCCAACGCAGGAGCAAUGGGAGAAGAUCGCCGAUGUUAUGCAGGAGCGCAAGUUGUUCCCGUUCUUUGACAGCGCGUACCAGGGAUUCGCGUCAGGUGAUCUCGACCGUGACGCGUGGGCGGUGCGCUACUUCGUGAAGCGCGGGUUCGAGCUUGUCUGCGCACAGUCAUAUGCUAAGAACUUCGGACUUUACAGUGAGCGCGUGGGCAACCUGGCGGUGGUGAUGUCGGACGCGUCGCUGGCGGCGGCCGUCAAGUCGCAGCUCACGUGGAUCGUGCGCGGGAUGUACUCCAACCCGCCCGCACACGGCGCGCGCGUCGUCGCCAACGUACUCUCCAACCCGCAGCUCUUUGACCAAUGGAGGGAACAUAUCAAACUGAUGUCUUCCAGAGUCAUUCAAAUGAGGGAAGCGUUAAGAGCGGAGCUUAUUAAACUCGGCACGCCCGGCUCCUGGGACCAUAUAGUGAAACAAAUCGGGCUGUUCUCAUACACGGGGCUCACGCCGCGCCAGGUGGAGUACCUAGUGCAGGAAUACCACAUCUACCUGCUUAAGUCCGGCCGCAUCAACAUCUGCGGGCUGAACCCUGGCAACAUUCAAUACGUCGCGAAGGCCUUCCACGACGCAGUCACCAAGUUCCCUGGCGAUGAUGACACCCGCGCGAAAUUAUGAUAUGGCAACACUGGUAUGACCCGACGGUACGUGCUGGUAUUAUUGGUGGCGGUGGUUGCUUGUUAUGUACGAAAGUAGCUGAA